GCGCGCAGCCCAGGGCGCGCACGUGGCUGGCUGCUCCUCGGCGGGGAGGAGGGGGACUCGGCGAGGUGAGGCGCGGGGCGCUGCGGGACGGCGGCGGCGGGCUCGAGCCCCUCUAGCGGGACGAAAAGGAGGGAGUCAUCAAGCUUUGGUGAGUGUUGGCCAGUUCUGAAAUCUUCUCGAAGGGGCACUGCAUUGAGGAAGAUCAAAGCAGCAGUCUUUGCCAAUUAAGGAAUGGACCGCUUGGGUUCCUUUAGCAGUGAUCCCUCUGAUAAGCCACCUUGCCGAGGCUGCUCCUCCUACCUCAUGGAGCCUUAUAUCAAGUGUGCAGAAUGUGGGCCACCGCCCUUUUUCCUCUGCUUACAGUGUUUCACUCGAGGAUUUGAGUACAAGAAGCAUCAAAGUGAUCAUACUUAUGAAAUAAUGACCUCAGAUUUUCCUGUUCUUGACCCCAGCUGGACUGCUCAAGAAGAAAUGGCCCUUUUAGAAGCUGUGAUGGACUGUGGCUUUGGAAAUUGGCAGGAUGUAGCCAAUCAGAUGUGUACCAAGACCAAGGAGGAGUGUGAAAAGCACUAUAUGAAGCAUUUCAUCAACAACCCUCUGUUUGCAUCUACCCUGCUGAACCUGAAGCAAGCAGAGGAGGCAAAAACUGCUGACACCGCCAUUCCAUUUCACUCGGCAGAAGACCCUCCCCGACCUACCUUUGACUCUUUGCUUUCUCGGGACAUGGCAGGAUACAUGCCAGCUCGAGCAGAUUUCAUUGAGGAGUUUGACAAUUAUGCAGAGUGGGACUUGAGAGACAUCGAUUUUGUUGAAGAUGACUCGGACAUUUUACAUGCUCUGAAGAUGGCUGUAGUAGAUAUCUACCAUUCCAGGUUAAAGGAGAGACAAAGGCGGAAAAAAAUUAUAAGAGAUCAUGGAUUAAUCAACCUUAGGAAGUUUCAGUUAAUGGAACGGCGGUAUCCCAAGGAGGUCCAAGACCUUUAUGAAACAAUGAGGCGAUUUGCAAGGAUUGUGGGGCCAGUGGAGCAUGACAAGUUCAUUGAAAGCCAUGCACUGGAAUUUGAACUCCGAAGGGAAAUCAAGCGGCUCCAGGAAUACAGGACAGCAGGCAUCACCAAUUUUUGUAGUGCCAGAACCUAUGAUCACCUCAAGAAGACGCGAGAGGAGGAGCGCCUUAAACGCACCAUGCUCUCCGAAGUCCUCCAGUACAUCCAGGACAGCAGUGCUUGCCAGCAGUGGCUCCGCCGGCAGGCCGACAUUGAUUCCGGCCUGAGUCCUUCUGUUUCAAUGGCGUCGAAUUCAGGCAGACGAAGUGCACCACCCUUGAACCUCACGGGCCUCCCUGGCACAGAGAAGCUGAACGAAAAAGAAAAGGAGCUCUGUCAGAUGGUGAGGUUGGUCCCUGGAGCCUAUUUAGAAUACAAAUCUGCUCUAUUGAACGAGUGUAACAAGCAAGGAGGCUUGAGACUGGCACAGGCAAGAGCGCUCAUCAAGAUAGACGUGAACAAAACCCGGAAAAUCUAUGAUUUCCUUAUUCGAGAAGGAUACAUCACUAAAGCCUGAGGCCCUCAGGGCUUGGGAUCUGAAAUCACAGGUUUGGAAUGUGUUGGACCAAAGGACAGUAUGGAUAUUCUUGAGCUGAAUUCUCAGUGUAAAACAAGGGGAAAGGACAAAAGAAACCUUAAGCUGUGAGAAUGUCUACUUUAUUCUCUACCCUGCUUUAAAACAUUUGCUGUUGGCAUUGUGCUGCAGAGUUAUAUGCUAGAUGUGCUAUUAUUAAACGUGAGUGGGCAUUCAUUCCUAGCACCUCUUGUAACUAAAACAAGAACCAUAGUACCUCACGUCAUGGUGUUGGUAGAAAUAGAACUAAACCAGUCUUCAGUCCCAUGGGUCCAGCUCAGACUCUUGUAUUUCAGUGGUUGGUUUUCUCAUUAUCUGUUUUGCCUUCAAACAAUACAGACAGAUUUACAGUAAGAGAAAGGUUAUGGAGCAUGAGAAUGCUUUCUCUUUCCUUCUGAGGAUUCUUUAAGUUGACAACUUAUGUUUGAGCAAAAGGGAGGGAAAUCUUAUCAUGGUCUUGUCCCAAACUGCAUCUGUAAUUCGAAUGUCUGGCUUUGUACUUUGCAGUCUGUCUAACCUGCAGUAGACUUUUGAGGAGGUGGCAUCAGAUAUAAAAUGUCUCGAUUAUUUUUAGAAUUAAUAGAUUAAAAUGUUUUGCUGCUCAA